AGUUUCCUUUUGGCGGCCGUCCGGAGAACAAACCGUUGUCCACACAAGGUACAAUCGUCGUGUACGUCAUCGAAGUAGACGCGUCUCACGAUACCACCAGUGUCCUAGCAACAAAGCAACAAGUAGUGUGCGCCAACUCUUCUGACGAAACUUAAAACCACCACAUGCCUUUACAACGCUGAAAAUGCAAAUGAAUUAAAUGCAGCGUGUCAAGCAGAGGGUCCGUUGGCACCACUGUUGACCGGGAAAAGGAACGGUACGCUUGUUGGAGAAUAUACCAUCAGUGAUAUCAUCAAGUGAAUUAGUUGGAAGCGGUUUUACGCCGUACUGGGAGAGAGGGAGGGAAGGGAGCAUGAAAAUCGCUUCCCACGCUUUCCUUAGCCGUAAAACGUUGUGCAAAGUGCAGGUGGAACGUUGGUCCCGCGAGUUCUUGGAAGUAAAGUGAAAAGCAAAGUCGAACCUUGCCGUUGUCCGAUGCCAGAAGUGGUUUUAGGUUUGGGGAAAAUUCCUUGCCAGCUUGAUAGAUUUUGAUUAAUGGACCACCACCACCAUUCAAUAGCAGCCGGCAAAACUCAUCACGACCGUGUACUGGCACUGGUCCGGGUGAAAGACAACGACGACGGAACCACCGGGGCGAGCUUGGUAUCGGCGAGCAGUGCAGGAAGAUGAAAUAAUUCGAACUAAACCACCAUCUGUACCGCGUCGGUAUGCUCCAACGCUGCAUGCUACCCGCUUGCCGUGUGAAUUCCACCGAAAGUACGUGAUUACACUCAGCCCGCCCUACAUUCGGCCUUUCAGUGCUACAACAAACCCCCGCAGCGGUGUCUGGUUAUACUCCACCAUCAUCCAUAUUCAUCCGCAUUGCUCGGCGUGCACUUCAACUUGACCGAUACGACCCCCCCGGUCGGCACGUUACGCCCAGCAAACUCACCCCCCACUAACGGUGGCGCCAAAAACGCAUCUAGCAACGCCGCGCGAAAUGGAGGGCGAGGUCAGCGUGCUGCUGGUCAUUACCGUGAUCAUCGGCACGAUCCUGAUGACCUCGCUGCUGGCCUGCUACAUCUGCGUGUUUCGGCAGCUGUGCUGCUCCCGGGACAUGGACCUGGACCGGAGCUACAGUACGCGCGGUUCGAAGCGUACGCUGCGGGACAGCACCAAUCUGGCGGAGAUCACCAACAUUACCAGCCAACAGACGGAGAUCGAGAAGGUUUAGCUAAGGGCGGGCGAAGAGGCCAUCACUUCGCUCUAGAAAAAAACCAACUCGGAAGGCAAAUUAUAUUACGUAGCUGUGUGUGUGUGUGUGUGCGUAUAUCAUCUGUAAAUAUUGCUUCCUUCCCACAAUUGGCCUUCCUGUCCCGUCCGUGGUUAUGUUUAAGUGCAGCCUUCCGCACAUCAUCCAUAUCUCGGUCCGUUAAUGAUGGCAGGACACACAACAACAAACCCAGAUUCUAGUCAUGUUCGUGUUAGAUAUUCAUCAUCAAAAAAAAUCAUCCCAAGCACAUCAGGUUAGUUUGAGUAUAAAUUGUAAAAAGAAAACCUUAAAACAGUCGAUCAAUGUUUGUAUGCAUGUAUUGUGCGAGUGUAUGUUUGUAUAGAGUACAGGCAAUGUAAAUCGAGUAAGCUUGAUGGGAAAAAUACGCGUUCCCAGCAAAAAUAAACCAUGUUAAAGUCUAUCUGUUUUCACAAAAAAAUCAA